AUGGCGACGACGAUGCAGGCCCUGGCGCCGCCCAGCAAGUACGUCACGCUCGUCUCGGCUGAUGGCUUCGAGUUCGUCGUGUUGCGCGAGGCGACCAUGGUGAGCCCGAUCCUCAAGGGCAUGCUCGACCCGAGGAGUCAAUUCGCCGAGGCCAAGAACGCGCGUUGUGUCUUUCAAGAGAUAAGCGGCAUGGUGCUUGACAAAGUGGUCGAGUACUUCCACUACUGGUACAAGUACCGCGACAGCGAAGAGGUGCCAGAUCUGGACAUCCCUGUCGAGCUGUGCCUCGAGCUGCUAGCGGCGGCCGACUACCUUGGCUUGGACCAAGCCAACAUGAGCAUGAAGUAA